GAACCAUUCUUUUCCAACCCCAACCCCUUUCUCGCUCCUCUAUUUCUCUCUCUUCAUUACGGCUGGCUGCUUCUGUUCUGUUCUGUUCUGUUCUGUUGCUACUGUAUUCUUCGCUCUGUUCCUUUUUGGACAGCUAUAAAGAGGAUCCGUUCCCCGUUGAAACAUCUCUACGUCAAUUUUUAGUUUUGGGUUGGAAACACAAGAGUCUAUAGAGAAGCUACAAAAUGUAUGCAGAGACUGGCCUUCUGUUCCCUUAUUUUCAGAACUUCUCUCAAGAAGUGCAACAGCUUGAAGACUUCUUUGGCUAUCAGAAACCUAAUGCUUCAAUGAUGUGUAAUAUGGUUCAGACGUCCACUAUUUUGGAAUAUGACCUUGGGGGAGAAGGGGAUCUCUUCAAAGCUCCAGAACCUAUUAUUGAAGCAUCAGGAGUGGGCCUUGAUCCCAUGAUGGCUGCCAUUUCAAUGACCUCUUGUGGAGAUGUCAUUAACCCCCAAGCACUCAAGGUUACAGAUCUGGAAUCAAUUCAGAGUGAACAGCUUCUGAGUGAGGUUUUCUAUGAAUGCAAGAAGGAUCUAUUAGCAAAAGAAGCUACAGAAACAUCACUCUCGGAGGUCAUGGACAUCAAAAUUCCUGCAACAAGGACAGAUGACAACCCAAUUGCAGAAGAAAAGUUACUUCCUCAGGGACCUCUCCAGAAAAGUGUUAGCUCAGGGUGUUUAAGCUCAAUGGAGUGGAUACAAGGGGCUCCAAUGAGGCCAAAUUUUCUGGAUUUUUCUGGACUGGACUUUGGAGCUGUUUAUGGAAUGCGAAGGGCAUUCAGUGAAGGAGACAUGAAGACUCUUGGCAAUUGCAUCGCUGAAGAUCGCAGGCAAAAGCUAUCUAGAUACCGGAAUAAGAAGACAAAAAGGAAUUUCAGCAGGAAAAUCAAGUAUACUUGCAGGAAGGCUCUGGCUGACAGUCAGCCAAGGAUUCGAGGAAGGUUUGCAAAGACAGACGAAUCUGACUCUGCUAAGAAGCAAUAACUGUUUAAUUGAAGGAUGAUUGUCGAAUUAGAAUGAAAGAGAUGGGUGGAAGUGUAAGCCUGGCUGGCAUAACAUUAGUUGAAAGCUUGAACAGGUUUUGCUGAAUAAGCUAGAACGUCAACGCCUGCAAAAUAGCUUAUUAGCUGCAAUAAUCUCCUUUGUAGAUAUCUACAAGUCAGAGUGGAGUUGUAUAUAUUGUUUGUUUAAUAGAAGAAUUCU